AUGACGACCGAAAUCACUUCUCUGCUUGUCCUCAGCUGUUUGGUCUAUAGCUCCCAUGCAGGAUAUGCCAUGCCACCCGCUUACCCACUUCCACCUCCACCCUAUGUAGCCCCGCCGAUCUACCAAGUGGCUCCAGUAACCUAUAUCGCUCCUCCGACAUAUAUACCACCACCUAUCUACAAAGUGGCACCACCUCCAUAUGUAGCACCACCGAUAUACAAGGCAGCGCCCGUUCCAUACGUGGGUCCAACUAUCUAUCAGCCCCCACCGUAUGCGGCAGGUGUCCCCGAGACUCCUGCUGCUGCUCCUCCUCCUCCUCCAGCUUCAGCGCCCAAUUACAGCGGCGAAUCCGGAACGUCAGUGAGUUCUGUUUUCGAAUUAUGA